CUCAAUUGCCAUUAGUAACCAGAAAUCCAAUUUCUGAAACCGCGGGAGUUUCGGGACGGCUCAACCAAAAUGAAAGCACCAUUCGAAGUCAAGUGGGCUCAUGUUCACCAUCCUGGAAGCAUGGCAGCCACGCCCGAGACACAAAAGCUCGAAUGGGCUCAUGUGGCAAGGUAGGGAGGAAGUGCAGCUGUAAUCAACCAUCACUUCUUCGCUCUCCAACUAACUUGCACCCGCUCGCUUCUUGAGGUUUGGCCACUCUUAUCCAUCAUCAACAAUGACACCAUCAUCCUCCGACAUUCCGCCUCUUGGAUUAUUCAUCCAGCCUGCAUGUCUCCAGCAUCGCUAUAUCCGUCAUGCCAACUCCUCGCACAUUUUUGAACGGCCCGAAAGGCUGAGAGCUGUGCUUCUUGGCGUAGCAGCGGCAGUUGCGAGACUGGAAGAAGCCGAGUCACUAUUGACGAUUACUCAAACUCAAACCGCCUCAAACGAAACAAAGGGGAACUUGCAAGCUGGCUCUCAGGCAAACGCCCCCAUUCCUCCUUCGACGUCUACAUCUGAUGAUCUCUCUGGGCUACUGUCUGGGCUGAGCAUAUCGAGAGACUUCAUCUUGCCCUCCGCACAUCUUGACAUCGUCCCUGCCGCUCCUGCUCCUUCAUCACCUGGACAAAUUCUCCUACAUCACCCUGCUCUACAACUCGCACAUUCAACACCGCCAUCUGAAUCGAUGUAUAGGGCAGCCCUUACCGCGUCUUCGCCAUACUUGAAGAACCUUUACAAGUGGGCAUCAGAAGCCGUCAAUACCAUAAAAGAAACUGGUUGUGAGAUUCCCUCAGGAUUGGGAUUGAAUCAAGGGGAUUUAUACCUGGGUCCUGGGAGUAUACUGGCCAUCGAAGGAGCGGUCCAGACCGUCUGUCAGGCUGUCGACAAGAUCUGCGCCAUUCUCGAAGCGAUCACUGAGCCUCCGAUCAAAGCACCUUCAACACCGCCAUCAAAACCGCCAUCAACUCCUCCUCUUCCUCCCCCCACAUCCUCCUUCACAAAAGCAUUCUGCGCAAUCCGGCCGCCAGGACAUCACUGUGGCGAAGAUUCCCCUUCAGGUUUCUGCUAUGUCAACAAUGUCGUCGUAGGCGCUCUGCACGCAUACCUCGAGCAUGAUAUCGAUCGAGCGAUCAUUAUCGACUUUGAUCUCCAUCAUGGAAACGGCACGCAAGCUCUCGUCAUGCCUUUGAAUGCAGCAUCUCACGCCGAGGACAUAGCUAUCAAAGGCGGGAAACCGAACCCGACUGUUCUUGGACGCAGGGCCAAACCACGGAGAGGCUGGAAAGGGUUCUAUGGAUCUGUCCAUGAUAUCUACUCUUAUCCUUGUGAGGAUGGGGAUCUCGACCUCAUCAAGGACGCUAGCCUGAGUCUCGCCGCUCACGGGCAAUAUAUCGAGAACAUCCAUCUCCAACCUUAUACGACCGAGGCAGACUUUUACGAGAGGAUCUAUCCAAAGUAUCUGGCGCUGCUGGACAAGGCCAAAACGUUCAUGCAGGAGACCGGCGCAGACUCGGAGAGGACUCUGAUCCUGAUUAGUGCGGGAUUUGAUGCUUGUGAACACGAGCAUCAGCUGAUGCAGCGACACGACCGUCGAGUUCCAACUUCCUUCUUCUCCCGCUAUACAAGAGACAUUGUCAAGUUUGCCAACCAAUACACUCAAGGCAAGAUUGUGUCUGUGCUCGAAGGCGGAUACAGUGAUCGAGCUUUGACUAGCGCAGCUAUGGGACACAUCAUAGGGAUGUUGGACAGGUCAGGCGAGGCAUCCUGGUGGAGUGAAACGGAAUUGGUCAAUAUCGAAAGAGCCACCAAGAAGAAACGCACAGGACCCCUCGCCCCGUUCCCCAAAGAAGUCUCCCAUAUUCCAUAUCUCCACCGAACGCAUGCGCUCCUUGGUCAUUUCGAAGGCACAUCAGCAGAGAAUCUGUCCGCGACCAGUACGCCUCAGCAGUCUCGUAUGGCUCUAAGAGAGAGGAAAGCAGCCUACGGAGAAAUACAAGAAACCACACCGCCUGCACCGGCUAGGAGAGCGCGAGGUCGAGGUGUGUCCACUCCAGCCGGUGCACCUCGUGCCAAGGCCUCGGAAACUGCCACGACACCGAGCGGGAGGAAGAGUCGAGCGGUUACACCCGCUAGAUCGUCCAUUCCCGUCAACCACGAUCCGAUGCCAGAAAUCAAGAGAGAGCCGAGGGAUACAGCGCCACCGUUGCCGACAUCUUUGACGGCGAAACUGGAAGCUUCUAGUCUGCCAAAACAAUCUGCAAAGCAUACCCGGCUAAUAGGGUUUUGCCUAAAAUCAUUCCGCAUCAACCGUCACCUCUGA